CGUAGUAGAACCUGUAUCUUAUGCUGUACCGAUGCCCACAUUGGAAUUUGCUAUGCUGUGUCUUCGUAAUGCGUACAAUUUAUUACCAUCUGAUACUGCAGCAUCGCCAGUACCUCUCCUUCUUAUACCAGGAGUGACUCCCCCUGCUCCCCCUCUGACACCUGGUCCAGCUCCUUCAUCGUCACUUUCGCAAAGUAGCGUUGCCUCUCUAAAGAACUCUAUACUAGCUGCCAGCGCCUAUGUUGCCGUCAGUCUAGGGGAUUACGUUCUGGCAUUAGAGCAUGCGCAAAACCUACUUAGCCAACCGAAGAUUUCUGGAGUUCAUAUACUAUUGGGUCAUCUUUAUGCUGCUGAAGCAUUGCUUCUUAUGGACAAGAUAACAGAAGCAUUAGAACACUUGAAUCCAGAAAAUAUUAAGGACAUAUCAUUGGAAUUCCCAGAAGAUUCUGAAGAAGAAACGAUGAAAAAUAAUCCACCAACAAAUUGGUUUCCUAGGAAUAUGGAAAGUAUUCAAAGUGUGUUACAGUAUAACAUUGCUGUCUGUAAAACAGUGAGGGGUCAACUGGACCAGGCGUCGACUUUGCUGAAGAAGGUUUGGCAAGGUCAAGGACCAAAUUGUCGAGUUCCCGCCCACAUAAUUAUGCUCGUUCUCUACAUAGAACUGCAGUUGGGACAUGCGGACGUAGCCAGGACUCUUGUCAAACAGUACUGUUUCCAGUACAAAAUCAACAGUUGACCUGAAAUAUUUUUGAUGGAUUUUAAAGACGACGACUGACCAUAAAAAAUUAAUCUUUUAUUUAAUCGUAUUAUUAGCAAAGUUUAAAAUGUUUUUUGUUAUUAAACGAAAGUGAAUAUUAAAGCGCUUUAAGUAUGA